UCGGUGAUAGUGGUUGCAGCUGCAGUGUUAUCAGGCGCGUGUGCUUAAUUGGAAGUUUUAUUAUAAGCGUGAUUAGCUGUUGGGCUAAGGACCCCGUAUUGAUCCACCGGAGAGGCUUUGUGGAAGCAGGGCAAGUGCAUAUCUGUCACUCCUGAAGGAUGAAGUUGUUUGAAAACCAAAAUUAUUAUUCUCUGAAGAAAGAGUGCCAAAGGCAGAAGGUGCUUUUUGAGGAUCCACUCUUCCCACCCACAGAUGAGUCACUGUAUUAUAAGUCAACCGCAAGAUUAUCUGGAAUCCAGUGGAAGCGACCCAAGGAAAUCUGUGAAAAUCCCCAUCUUGUUGUAAAUGGAAUCAGCAGCCAUGACCUCCAUCAGGGGCAAGUGGGAAACUGUUGGUUUGUGGCAGCCAGCUCUAGCUUGGCCUCCAGAGAGGCACUGUGGAAUAAGGUGGUCCCAGAUUGGAAGGAACAAGAAUGGGAUGAUGAAAAACCAGAGGACUAUGCCGGAAUGUUCCAUUUCCGGUUUUGGCGGUUCGGGGACUGGGUGGAUAUUGUGGUAGAUGACAGACUUCCAGCAAUUGGCAGCCAACUAAUCUACUGUCACUCAAAUGAUCGGAACGAGUUCUGGAGUGCCCUGCUGGAGAAGGCGUAUGCUAAGUUGGUAGGUUGUUAUGAAGCCCUGGAUGGAGGGAACACUGCUGAUGCUUUGGUGGAUUUUACUGGCGGUGUCUGUGAACCAGUAGAACUUGAGGAAGGGAAUUACGCCACUGAUGAAGAGAAACGAAAUGCUUUCUUUGAGAGAGUCUUGAAGGUCCAUCAAAGAGGAGGACUCAUCAGCUGUUCUAUACGUGCUCAUUCAUCUGCUGAUAUGGAAGCCCGGCUUGGCUGUGGCCUUGUGAAAGGUCAUGCAUAUGCUGUCACCGAUGUCCGCAAGGUCCGACUUGGCCAUGGACUGGUUGCAUUCUUCAAGUCUGAAAAGCUUUUUAUGAUCAGGAUGAGGAACCCCUGGGGAGAGAAGGAAUGGAAUGGACCUUGGAGUGAUGGUUCUGAGGAGUGGCAAAAAGUGAGCAAAAGUGAGAGAGAGAAGAUCGGUGUGACGGUGGAGGAUGAUGGUGAAUUUUGGAUGACAUUUGAAGAUUUUUGCAAGUACUACACAGACUUGAUUCUGUGUCGUUUAAUAAACACGUCCUACCUCAGCAUUCACAAGACGUGGGAAGAAGCAGUGCUACAUGGACAGUGGCGCAAGCAUGAGGACCCUUUACUCUGUCGGAGUGGAGGAUGCAUCAACAAUAAAGGAACUUACCUACAGAAUCCACAGUUUGUAUUUGAUGUGAAGAAGCCUGAAGAUGAAGUUUUGAUUUGCCUGCAACAGAAGGAUCAUCGAAUCUCUCGUAAGCUGGGGAAGAAGGAAAACCUGGCUAUGGGUUUCGACAUCCACAAGGUUGAACUGAACAGGGAGUACCGGAUGCACAGCAUGCAACAGAAGGUGGCGAGUUCCAUUUACAUCAACUCUCGCUGUGUCUUUCUGAGAAUAGACUUGAAAGAAGGGCGAUAUGUCAUUGUACCCACUACUUUUAAUGCGGGACUUGAGGGUGAAUUCCUUCUCAGAGUCUUCACUGACAUAGCAUCAGGUUGCAGAGAACUGACGUUGGAUGAACCUCCUCAGACAUGCUGGACUGGCUUAUGUGGUUAUCCAAAACUUGUGACUCAAGUCCAUGUUAUUGCGGCUGCUGGUUUAGCAAAACAGGACUCUGAUGGAGCUGCAGACCCUUAUGUGAUCAUUUCAUGUGAAGGACAGAAGGUGCGAUCGACAAUUCACAAAGACAGCCUUAAUCCAGAUUUUGAUACCAAAGCUAUCUUCUACAGGAAGAAACCAAAUGACCUUGUCUAUAUUCAGGUAUGGAAUAACAAUGUCUUGAAUGAUUCAUUCAUGGGUCAGGUGACUCUUCCAGCUGGCCCUGGUGAACAAGAGCAGUCAUUUCAUCUUCGAGACAAGGGCAGCAGAGAUUCCAACGAGCUUCCAGGGAUAGUCCAAUUGAAGAUUGUGACCCGUGAUGUCCUCACCCACAUUUAAGCACUCAGGGAUAUUUCCUACUGCUCCUGUGCCAUUUAUUCUAUACUGUGUACAAACUCAGCAUGUACCUUUGAAAGGUCAUUAAAGAUGACCCACUACUGUGUUUACGUUUCUGCCAAAAAAGGUGCCUUUAGGGACCAGAAUGACUCUUAAUCAAAACAGGGCAUAAUUUUCUUGAGUAGAUAUAAUUGCAGUUUUCUAAGAUAUGUAAUGCCUAUAUGGGAAGUGUGAAUGUUUACCCACUGAAGGUUUUGUCAUGAAAUUUAAUGUGCCAUUCAACUUGUUUCACACAAUCACAGACCUUGCUGGCAUUGUUCAGAAUGUCUGCUGAUAUAGUACCAAUGUAUUUCUUAAGUUUACUGUCUUAAAUGUACUUUUUUCUUAACAUUAUAAUUAAAAAUCAGUUUUAGGUA